GGAUUUUGGCACAGGCUCCUCUCCAUUUCCAUCGAUCGCGACCGGAUUACCAAAUGGGAGAAAGAUCUGGAUCAAGCCCUCGUGCUAUUCAGAGUAUGUUUCUUGAACUACACCUGAAUUUCUGCUGGUUGGGACCCAGGGACAUCGGUCGUGGGAUCAAUGACACCCAGUGAGUUGUCAUUUUGGCAAGUGAUGUGUGGCUUUAACUGCAAUCAGGUAUCGCCCACCUGCGCCUCCAUCGCGCCCUUCCAUGUUUUAUGGCCGUGGGGAUCUCAUUGCAGAACUGACUAACCUCAUCGUCAAUGACGAGCAUGUUGCGUUGAUUGGUCCAGGAGGCAUGGGAAAGAGUUCCCUUGCCAAAACUAUUCUUCACGAGGCAGUCAUUACCGAAAAAUUUGCUGAUAGGCGCUACUUCGUGACCUACGAUGGCAUGGAUCCUUCGGCCAUUACAUUUGAAGCUUUUACGACUCGUUUCGCGGAAGCCCUCGGUAUAGAGCUCACUGGCGCUAAUCCAGUGCGGCAAAUAUCCACGUGUCUUCGUUCCGCUAGUGCCCUUCUUGUUCUUGAUAAUGCUGAGACCUUUGAAGAGGCCAGUGGAACGUCAGCGCUCAGAGAAAUACCACAAGCUAUUGCUGAAAUCGCAUGCAUCCCCGGCGUCAUUCUGAUUCUUACAUCGCGUAGUAGAAGGAGCGCACCGAAUGUACCAUGGAUUACCAAGGAUAUUCUACCACUGGAUUCAAACUCUGCUCAAGAGGCAUUCUUUCGAAUUUACCGUCCAGCCAGUCGUGAAAAUGGGGAGGGAGGAAUAGCAAACCUGCUUCAGGACUUAGAAUAUCACCCGCUUUCCAUUAAUCUAAUCGCAAAUGCAGCGCAGCAAAACGGUUGGUCUCCGGCCAUACUGCUGGAGAGAUGGAAUGAUCAGCACAGUGCGGUACUAAAUCACGGCGAGGGAAAGCUACAAAGCUUGUCAUACACCAUGCAGCUGUCACUCAGCUCGCCGUCAAUCCAGAAACUUGGAGAGGAGGUUCGGCAUGCUUUGACUAUCAUCGCCUUCUUGCCCCAGGGUCUAAAUGAGGCUCUGUCCAAGCGCAUUUUGCCAUCUACCCUGCAAAUCGACACUAUAUGUGAUGUUUUAUGGAGACAAUCUCUCGUUUAUCGUCAGGACGGCUUCGUCAAAAUGCUCGCACCAAUUCGACAUUAUGUGCAAGAUUCGUUGCCACCACCUGACCCCACGUGUUUUCGAGAGUUACGCACCUUCUACUAUUGCACUGUCCAGCAGUGUUCGGAAGAACGAGAUGAUUAUGCUGAUAUCAUUAUCUCGGAUCACCUCAACAUUGAGCAUGUCAUUGCUUUCGACCUCGCCCACAUCCCUGAGAUGACUUGUCCCACUUGUUGGACAUUUUUGCAGUGCUUGAAUUGGCAUCUUCCUCGCCCAACUACCCUUACCCCAUCUAUUUUCAGCAUCAUCGAGAACUCGUCUGUGCAAGAGCUCAAAGCAUACUGCUUGUGGCAUCUCGGCUGGCUCUACAUGACUCUUUCUCAAUUCAGAGAAGCCAUACAGGCCUUCCAGGCUGCUGAGCCACUCUAUCUCACCGCCGGCAACCACGAAAUGGUGGCCAAAUGUGUCAUCGUUUUAGAGGUCAUUCGGCGCUCCGAGUCAUGGAAGUAUAUCAGUGAACCAACGGAAGCCAAAGUUUGGUAUUUCUUGGAUAUGGCCCGGAUGUUUACAUUCACAACAUCUGCAGACGAAUUAUUUGUGAAGUCCUCGGAAGAUUGCAUCUGGGAUUUGGAUUCCAAGAUUUGGCACUGGCGGGCCAAAUUUUACUACGGGGGAGACAUUGUCCAGGUGAACACACACUUAGAAGACCUUUUCCCGCAAUGCACAGAUACCGAUGAUCUCACAGACGCACUUGAGGGGCUUGCAGAGGUAGCAUUUUGCGAAGGUAGAUUAUCCAAAGCCAUGGACAUCCUACAGAAAAUCAUAGAGACGUUCGAGGGACAACGUUUGCACAAUGUCCUUUGGUAUACCGUGUUGAAGGCCCUUGUUGCAAGCAAGCAGGGGGAUCAUUCCCUUGCGAGAGAACUCGUUAACCCAGCCCCGGGACUACUCCAAUCCUUUGCACUGCGCACUGCAUUCGUAUUUCUCCACAGAUCUUAUGGCUCAGCAUGCAUCGAGCUCACUGCAGGCGCAUACGACAAGGCCGAGUCCCAUUUCAUUGCCACUAUUGAAGGUUGUGAUAUCCAAGGACAUCUUGAUUUCAAAGCAUACAGCAAGCGGGGACUGGGGGAGAUUGCCUUUGUGCAUGGUGAUUUCGCGUUAGCUGCACGAUGCUUCACAGAAAUACAGCCUUUGUGCACUGAGAUGGGAGUGCCUCUGCAACAUUUGUACAGUUGCGAGCCGUUCUAUGUUCUACCAGACAGAUUUAGAGGAUGGACAGCAUUUUUAGAGAGUCGGUCACCAUUUGCGAACAUUAUGUAGAUUGUAU